UAAUAUUCCUGAUGAGGUCUGAGUUUGUAUUCAGGAGCAUAUGAUCACACAUCAUGAGUGUGCUUGUGGACUUCAGCCUCCGGAGGGCUCACAGUUCAGCGCUCACAUCCCUCUGAGAUAAGCUGAGGAGGAAGAGGCUCAGUGCGGCAGCUGAUGGUGGAGAGAGAGACAGCAGUAUGACAUGGUUAGCCUCACAACCAGGAAGCAGGCUGGCUGUUAGCUAACCUCCAGGUGCUAACUCUACUUCUUGGCAAAACCGGCCACCUCUGAACAGGUGUCUGGGCUGCCCAGAACUGCACUGUUGGGAAGCAUCUGCAUUGUUUGUUGGUAAAUGUGACAGACGACAGCAACACAACCAGCCUCACUAUGGGUCAGGACAGAGGGAAGUACGAUUUCUACAUCGGCCUGGGGUUGGCCAUCAGCUCCAGCAUCUUCAUCGGAGGGAGCUUCAUCCUCAAGAAGAAAGGUCUGCUGAGGCUGGCCAGGAAGGGGUCGAUGCGAGCAGGCCAGGGUGGUCACGCUUAUCUGAAAGAAUGGUUAUGGUGGGCUGGUCUGCUAUCAAUGGGAGCAGGUGAAGCAGCCAACUUUGCAGCAUAUGCCUUUGCUCCUGCGACUCUGGUCACCCCGCUGGGAGCUCUCAGUGUGCUCGUCAGUGCGGUGCUGUCGUCGUACUUCCUGACGGAGCGGUUGAACCUGCAUGGGAAGCUGGGCUGCCUGCUCAGCAUCCUGGGCUCCACCACCAUGGUGAUUCACGCGCCGCAGGAAGAAGAGAUCAGCAGUCUUGAAGACAUGGCUAAGAAGCUGGUCGACCCAGGGUUCUUCGUCUUUGCCACCCUCGUCAUCAUCGUGGCCUUGAUCUUCAUAUUCGUUGUGGGUCCUCGCCACGGUCAGACCAACAUCCUGGUCUACAUCACCAUCUGCUCUGUGAUCGGGGCGCUCUCCGUGUCCUGUGUCAAAGGACUGGGCAUCGCCAUCAAAGAAGCGAUCGCGGGGAAGAGCGUGGUGAGGAACCCCCUGGCGUGGAUCUUACUGUUGGGUCUCAUUGCCUGUGUGAGCACGCAGAUCAACUACCUGAACAAAGCCCUGGACAUUUUCAACACCUCGCUGGUGACGCCCAUCUACUACGUGUUCUUCACCACGUCCGUACUCAGCUGCUCCGCCAUCCUCUUCAAGGAGUGGGGUCACAUGGGCACGGACGACGUGAUCGGCACCCUCAGCGGCUUCCUCACCAUCAUCGUGGGGAUCUUCCUGCUCCACGCCUUCAAAGACGUUAGCGUGAGCUUAGCCACUCUCGCUGUGUCCAUCAGGAAGGAGGAGCGAGCAGCUAACGGGUCGGCGCCUCACAGCACGUACGAACUGCUACACAACGAGUCCACCGGGGACAUGGAGGACAGAGAGAUGGGUUUGCCUUUUGAUAGUGUCUCCAGAAGAAAUGGUGCGAUGAGCUCCUCUUUGGACCAUUAGGGAACUCUUUAAGUGACUCACGUACCAUGGCAUAGUUCUGGUGUCUGAAACAAUAAGACAAUCAGCUGUUUGGGGACUGGGACAGACCAGUGGAUUGUAUUUAUUGUUUUAAUUUGCCUUACUUUUCUCAGAAUAUGACGCGGUCAUGUUGAGUUACAGUUAGAACUUUCUUUCAUUCCUCUGUAGCGCUGUAAAUAUGAGUUUUUUAAGACCUGUUUUGUUAUAUGUACAUGCAUAUCCAUGCACUGACUUACUUUCUAUAAAUCAAAAGGUUUUAAUAUAUAUUCUAUAUGAAGUCCUGCUGACAAUGAACACAUUUAACAUGAUUGAGUUUUUUUUCGUGAUACUUGAAAGUAACGAUUUCUUUUGGAGGAACUUUUUUUUGUAGAGUUUACAUAAAAAGCUCUUCAGACGAACCAACAGAUUUGUUACAUAUUUAUUGAAUUAAAAUGAUUAAAACGUUUGAAACACAAGGCACAGUGAAUAAAUGCUUAACAUGA